CGACCGUCCCCCGUGGCCACGAAGCGCCACCCGUGGCCACGAAGCGUCCCCCGUGGCCACGAAGCGUCACCCGUGACCACGACCGUCACCCGUGGCCACGAAGCGUCACCCGUGGCCACGACCGUCCCCUGUGGCCACGAAGCGUCCCCCGUGGCCACGAAGCGCCACCCGUGGCCACGAAGCGUCCCCCGUGGCCACGAACCGUCCCCCGUGGCCCGAGUUCGAGGACGCGCGCCGCCAUGCGCCGACCAAUGGGGAGGCCGCACCGACCGGGGGUCGCUGUCCGGGGUUCUGCGUCGCGCGCGUUGGCGUUGCGAGCAGGAGUCGUCGUGUGUACCAGUUAAACAGCCGCAGCAAACAUGACCAGAGAGGAGGAUGUGGAGCCGGCCUUGGAGGUGGAGUUCGGCAUGCUGGAUUACAAGUCAUCCAUCGACAGUACUGAGGGCAUCGUGUCCAGGGUGCAUGCUGUGGCAGCCGCCCCCAUGCCUCCCGGCAGCGAUUUUGCGUUCUUCGACCCGAAGGAACCAUCGUGCCAGACGCUGCUGCUGUCCCCCAGCACGACGGUGUCACAGCUAUUCGCCGUACUGCGCCAGUGGGUCCCGCAGGUGCAGCAGCACGUGGCGCUCAUCGGCAACGAGAUGUUGAAGCGUGGCUGCCACCCCAAUGAUCGAGAUGAGCUCACCGACAUGACAUUGCUCCACUACACCUGCAAGGCUGGGGCACCAGGCAUUGGCGACGCGGAAGCAGCAGCGGCAUUUGCGGAACGCCUGCUGGCGCUGGAGGCCAACCCGUCACUGAGAAGCCGCUGGACGGGCAUGAACGCGCUCCACUAUGCUGCCUACUUUGACGUGCCCGAGAUCAUCCCUGUCGUCCUUCAAGCAGCCGGGCCCAAAGAGGUAGACGCAACCUGCAGUGAUUUUGACUUUGGGACGGCCUUGCACAUCGCGGCCUCCAACCUGUGUCUGUCUGCUGCAAAGAGCCUUCUGGAACAUUCGGCCAACCCUCUGUUCAAGAACAACCGAGGGCAGGUGCCAUGCGAUGUGGUGCCAGACGCAGCUGACAUGCCCCUGGAGAUGGCUGAGGUGGCACUGGUGGCAAGGGAGAUUCGCCGACUGCUCUCCCGGGCCACAGCCGCUCCCGCACUGCUGCCCACGCCUCCACUCCCAUCGCAGCCCACCCCACCGGCGCCACCUGGACUCACAGUGGGCCAGCGUGUCAUUGUUGGUGGCCGCAAGACGGGUGUGCUGAGGUUUUGUGGCCCCACGGAGUUUGCGGGCGACCAGUGGGCUGGCGUGGAGCUGGACGAGGCCGACGGCAAAAACAACGGAAGCGUGGACGGCACACGCUACUUCACGUGUGCGCCACGGCACGGGAUCUUUGCACCACUGUCCAAAGUGGCGAGGGCUGAGGAGUCGUCACGCCACGGCUCCUUGAACAGCUCUGGAGCGAUCAGGAGCGCGGUGCCAGUGUCGCGAAUCGCGGCACGGGGCUCACACGCCGACCCUUGCCACGACGACGCCGCUUCACGCCGCACCGCCGGUCACACGAAUAUGAAGCCCUUGAGUAGCCCCAGACGGAAAGUGCAGGCUUCGGCCUUCUCCUCCGAUGCCUCCGCAGAGAAUAACAGCAACAAACCACAAGGCUCUGGCUCAUCCUCAUCCGGUUCCAGUUCCCCCCACUUGACCAGGAGAAGGGCGUCAGUUACAUUGCCACUCAAGCCAUCGCGCAAUGCAGGAGCUCAGCCCCCCCGGACAAAGCCAGCAGAAUCACGCAUCCAGCACGGGGUCCGAAAGCGGCUACCUUCGUCGGGGAGUGGCGGCACGUCAGAUGGGGCUGCCGAGUUGGAGCUGGGAGAGCGCUUGCUGGUGUCGGGGCAGAGGGCAGGUGUGCUGCGCUUUCAAGGCACGACGCAUUUCGCGCCUGGACACUGGUACGGCAUCGAGCUGGAGCAGCCAAGCGGCCGCAAUGAUGGCUCCGUAGCAGGUGUGCGCUACUUCCAGUGCCCGGCCAAGCACGGAGUAUUUGCACCCCCGUCACGCGUCCAGAGGCUGACGGUGUCUAUGGAGUCGCUACUGGACUUGCCCACAGGAAAGGCGUCUCAUCCUUUGUCCGCCUUCCAGCGGAGCCUGAGUAUUCCCAACACUGGAAAACCGCCAAGGAAGCCUCUGGGUCGGACACCCAUGAGCAGUCGUGGCAAACCAGGCUCCUUGUGUCGAAGCUUGAGCCACACCGCUGCAUUAUCAGCCGCAAACGACGCAGCCUCCCCGGCGACAUCAUCCCCGGCUGCGGCGGUCCCGGGCGGCAGCGACAGGGUCAACGUGGAGAAGGGCGGCGGUGGUGGCAGAUGCGGCGCUCCCCGCCUCCGGGAUGGCAUGCAGGUGUUGGUGGCGGGCACGGGCGAGAUGGGCACAGUGCGCUUUGUGGGCGAGGUGGGCUUUGCGGCGGGCACAUGGUUGGGCCUGGAACUGAGGGCGCCACGCGGAAAGCACGACGGUGCCGUGGGCGGCCACCGCUAUUUCAGCUGCCGGCCGGGCUGUGGCGUCAUGGUGCGGCCGGGCCGUGUCUCCUACCGCGGCAUCAAUGGCGCCCGGCUGCUUGGCGAGGCACUGCUCGGCUGAAGUGCCCUGCCAGGGUCGGCACGUUUGCCGUUCAAGUCCACAAUGCUGUUGGAUGUUUGUUGCAUUUGUUUGGGUGGUCUUCUAUGAGGACUAUAGUUGUGUGGGCUGUAUGGCACGUCAAAGUGUCCAUCGGCUGAAAUUAAUAGAAAAACUGGUUCUCUAUCUCAGUUGGUGGUUGUAGCCUGGUGGAAAAUCCACAUUCCCACGGAAAGCGACAUUAUUACCGUGGCACAACCACUGUUGACCUCACAAAAGUGUUGCUCACUUUUAUCAAUCGCUUCAGGAUAAUGAGCUGAAGCAACGCCUGGCUCGGAUUUGAACUCGUGACCUUCUGAUUUGAAGUCGAGCACUUUGACUUAGAUACUGAAAUUAUAAGUUCUGAUAUCGGGGGAUUGUAAAGUAAAAAUAAGUAAUUUUAACCAUUUGAAUAUAAUAGUUUUAAUAUAUAGAAAUAUGAAUAUUGCUACAGCCGCCAAUUGUUCUGUGCUGCCUUUUUUGGUUAACCAUUUAUGCACUUUUUAAAUGUAAAUAACUGCUGCUGGGUUUUAGAUGCUGUAAAAGGAGAAGAUUUGAUUUGACAGGUAUCAAUGCACAGAGUAGUUACAUAUUACAAGAUACAUUUAUAGUGUCUCUAUGCACACAUCUCAUCACUGGUAGUGCUGGGAAAGUGAUGGAAAUUCUACAUCUCCAUGGUAGAGACCAGUCUCCCCAUAGGAACUAUCCUAUGUAUUGCAACAACCCGAACAAAUAUAUAUAUUUUAAUCGGUACCAUGACAUAGGGUGAAUUAAUGGGAUGAACUGGAAAUUAAUUAUGAAGAAUUAAAAGUAAUUUAGACUAUAGAAGGAACUUGGGAAUAUUUUAGAUUCAGGAAAUGCAGAUUUGUGAACGAUUACAAUGUCUGCAAUAGAAUCGUUUCCCAACCCUUGCUGACAAUAUUUUCAUCACCCAUGCAGUUUUGGAGUGUAAUGGGGUUGCGAGGGACACGUCACUCUAAUCGAUGUUACGAAUCUCCACUCAACAUGAAUGUAAUCUUUUGGUUUUAUUGUCACUUUAUAACAGUCAUGGGCUCUCGCUCCUCUGCGGAUUGUGCAAGUUGUGCGUGCGGAUCGAUGGGCUUGUAUUUCUCUGCCAGUUAUUUUCUCGGUUGCAUUAAUUACUUUUGUUUGAUUUGCCCCUUUUUAAUCUUUGUGCUGCAGCGGUGUUUGUAAAUAUGAUUGAGAAACCAGUAUUGCAGUGCUUUAUAAAUGGAAAAUUCUUAUCUUUAAAUUAUGAAAAUUACAAAAAGUAUUUACCAGGAGCCCUGUUUCACUGGGUAGUCAGAUUACUGUGAUAGAUACAGCACAGUAUCAUUUUAAUGUCAAUGUAUUUUAUUUGAAAAUGAUUCGCGGGAAACUGACAACGAACGAAGUAUCUUUUCUAGGAUCCUGUAUUUAUCACACUACAAAACCUGCGAUCAAAAGGUUUAUAACGAGUAUGGAGUGUUACAUUGCUUCUAAAGCCUCAAAUAAUUUGUAAAUGGUUUUCAAAAAGUCACUCGCUAACACUGGACCAGUGGCCAUUCUCUCUGUGGCACUCUCAGUUGAAGUCCAUCUUGAGCACACAUCACUGGCGUCCAAUUUGAACAUGGGGCUGUGCCUUUAACAGUGUCCAUGUUUAUUUCCUGAAAUAAGAUGGAGCAUUGGGUUAAUCUUAUGUUAAUUUCGGGGUGCUUAAUCAAGCGUCGAAAAAAUAUCGGGUUUGAUUGCCAGGCUGCCUUCUGAGAUUUACCAAAUUCUAGCUUUAGCUAUUUGUUGACCUUGGCAACGAUUUACUGUGUGGGAAUUACCACAUUGCUAAGCAUACCCAACUUCAUCCAUUGUUAUAAGAUCACUAGAGCGGAGGCCUAUCAUUUGAGGAUUACUGCACGGCAUUUGCGCAGAAGUAAUGGCCAAGAUGUGUCUGUUGCUUCAUUGGGACAUGUACGUACGUACGUUUGUUGAACUUCUUUCGCACCGUACGUAGCCAACCGUGCUAAUCGGAGGUGCAACACGGGAUACUGUUGAUCCCCAUUGGCGUCCCUGCGAGCCAGCAGUGGAAAUGUCCCGUUUCCAUUUUAGGGGCCCCCUAUUUCACCACAAGAAGCCUGCUGUUGAACUACGGAGGGAUGUUGGGCUGAGUCAACCCCUUAAUCAGGAUGUUGACUCAAAGUCUGUGAAUUGUGUGAGUAGAGUGCCCGAACCAAAGUGUGUACCCUCACCAAAGUGCCACCCAGUGUCUAUGUACGCAUUUGUAUUUAUAGUUCCUGUCAGCGUGAAUAAUAUGUACAUAGUUAGCCACGAGUUAGACUGUUCUUCACCAUGGCAAUAUGUAAUUUCCACCACUGGCUUCUUAUGGGUACUGCCAACAUAAAUGACUACUGCACCAUAACUCAAAGUGAGCAGGUAAACACUUGAACUUUUACAAAUGUGUGAUUGUAGUAUUAUGUAUAUGCAUUUUUAUAUCAUGCACAUGUGUGUAAGUGAGUUUAUUACUUUAGACCUGAAUUACGUAUAUUUGUAUGAAUGUGUGUUAACAGAAGUGUUGUCAUUGCUCACCUUUGUGCCACAUGAUCUGUUGUCAGUUACAUGUACACUCAUAAAAACUAAGCAACCAAAGAAGGCAGGAGAGGGAGUCCAGGCUACAGUGGGCAUCCUUCCAUUCAGAAUUUUCAGUUGGUUCUAUAAACAAUGCCACAACACCGGUGCCAAACUCCUCGUUAUUAACACCUCUUAGUACACGAUUUACUGUGUUCGCCGGCAAACCCAGCCUCGUAAAAUCGUUAUUGCAAUAGAUGCACAUGUAUAGAUCUUAAACCACUGCUGGACAGGAGCCUCCCCACACCAUUAUGUGACCAUACUUCACCACUGGGCCUUGAAGGUCAGUGAAGGUGGGGACAGUCUAUCUAGGAGCAUAGAAAUGCAGUACAACAUUUGGGUUUUUUCGCACUACCCUCUGCUGCUCACUACACAGCCCUGCCACCUAUAACGCAUUGGUCUCUCAUCCACGCACUAUCCAGGCUCCAACCUGCUUAGCAUUUGAGAUCUGCCAAGAUCAAGUUAAUUCUGGGUGAUUCGGCCAUAGGCAAGUGAUGCUUGAUGCUCAGAUUAAGGAUUGGAUCCAAAUAGUGGCCCAAUGAGCCAUAGACAAAAUGUGGAUGAAAUAAACAAUUGAGUGUGUAGAGUGGAGAUUUUAAGAAUAUUUUAUUUGAGGGAAAUGUAGCCUACACAGUUUCAAGCAGCAACUCUGUAAAAUAUGUAAAUUAAAUGUCUCCUUGCUCAAACAUUGGGCAGCGCUUAUCUGAAUUGCCGCUGUAAGCCAUAUCCAUGGUGCGAGCCAUUGUCUGCAAAGCAUAAUUGUUCACUUGCAACAUAGCGAUACUAACUUUACCCUGACCAGGAUUUGAACUCAUGGCCUUCAAAUUGUGAGUUGGCACUCGAAUCACAUUACAGCUUUGCUACAUUUUUGAAAAAAAUGUAUGCUCUAUGUUUACUCGUCCCCUAUUUACAACAUUUUUUAUUCAAACUAUCUCCCUCAAGCCACUGGAUGUUUUCGACUCCAUUGGUGGCCUAAACCAGAGGUGGAAAUUCCACAUUUUGGCCUGGUGGGUGUCAGUCUCAACAUAGCACAUAUAUAUGGUGGCAGUUACUUCAAAAAAAUAUUUGCCUUUUCAAUAAGCCUAAUUAGAAAUAGGUUUACUUCAUGAAGGUAUUUGGGCCUUAAUACACAUUUUUUAAAGAAAGCUGCUGUACGUUUAAAUCAUUUAUGGAUGCAUUGAUUGCUGACUCAAUGACAGAAUAAGCACAUGACCUUCAAUUGCCUUGCUUGUCGUGGAAGUACAUUUAAUCAGACUAUUGGCUUCGUGUCCAUUAGCAUUUUCCCCUACGGUGCAGUACAGUGUUGCUCUUGGUGGCAACCUAUUCUUAGAAGACAUUGUCUGGCUCCAGAUGUCCAUGCUAUAUAUAUCCAUGGACAGUUCCUGACUGAAGCGAGUCUGCUAAUUAGCCUGACCUGCAUCGGAUAUCAUUCGCAGUUGUGCGUGCAUCUGUAUUUGAUUUAUAACGGUGUUAGCUUCUGCUAGCCUGUGUGUUGCCUUUUGAUCUCUUAAUAAUGACUCCAAUGGAAAAACCCAAGAGUUUGUGCAUUUGUCGGCUAUAUAUAUUCAAGCAUCCAUUGUUGCCACAUGUCUGUACAGAGUGCCUUGUGUAACGUUUUUAAUGGCACACUCCACGGUUUUGGUUUUUUGGAAAACGUGUUUUGCUGUGACUUUACAUCUAUGAAAAAUGCUGAUGCAUCCA